CCCCGGCAGCCUUCGUCUUCGCAGGUUCUCUCUCUUCCAGUCUUCCUCCUCUCAUAAACCCCAAUUUCCCUGGGUUUUCUGUGGCUCAUUCAACCAGGUCCAGUUCCCCAACUUCGACGAAUGAUAAGUUUUUCUCUACUUUGCUUGUUAAUUUGCAAUUUGUAUUAUUGAAAGUAUAGAUUAUACUGUAUCACAAAAUUGAAUUUCUCAUAAUCUAUAGUUUUAAAUUUCCAUAAUUGCUUCCCAAUACUCUCAGUAGUAUUGAUGAGUCAAGCUCAUCGGAUUCUAUUCAAAGAGGUAGUGAAACUCACUCAAGAACAAAACCUCCAAAAGGGCAGACUACUUCAUGCUAAAAUCAUCAAAUCAAAUUCCUUUACAAACGUAUACUUAGCUAAUAGCAUUGUUAAUUUGUACACAAAAUGUGGGCAAUUAGCCAAUGCUAAGCUUGCUUUUGAGGAAAUCCCCAUCAAAGAUGAUGUAUCAUGGAGCUCAAUUAUCAAUGCCCAUGCUCAACAUGGUGGCACCAAUUCAUCUUUCUUUGUUUUGGAAUUUUUCCGGCGAAUGCGGGGUGAGAAUUGUCUCCCUAAUGGUCAUACUUUUGCUGGGGUUUUCACUGCUUUGUCGAAUUUAGGUGAUGGGUGGGGUGGAAAACAGGUCCAUUCAUUGGCGAUUAAGACGGAUUAUUGUGGAGAUGUUGUUGUUGGGAGUGCAAUCCUUAACAUGUAUUGUAAGUCGGGUUUUAUGGAUGACGCACGCAACAUGUUUGAUAAAAUGCCUGAGAGAAACUCUGUAUCUUGGGCUACUAUGAUAUCUGGGUAUGCUGCUCGUGGUGAGGCUGAAGAAGCCGUGGGAGUUUUUAAAUUGAUACUGCAGGAGGAAGAAGAAAGAGGGAGUGCCUUUUUCUUGACUAGUGUGCUUAGUUCUUUGGCAAUUCCAGAGUUGAUUGAUAUUGGAAAAGAGGUUCAUUGCUUUGCUGUUAAAGUUGGUGUGAAUUGGAUUGUGGAAGUUAGGAAUGCCCUUGUUACUAUGUAUUUGAAAUGUGGGAGCCCGGAAAAUGCUCUUCAAAUGUUUGUGUUGUCAAAUGAUAAGAGUCCAAUCAUGUGGUCAGCCAUGGUUACUGGUUUUGCACAAAGUGGACACUCUAGGAAAGCUUUGGAGUUGUUCUCUACAAUGCAUUAUUCCGGGGUUAGGCCUAGUGAGUAUACUUUUGUAGGGGUGAUUAACGCGUGUAGUGAUGUUGGUGCUGUUGAGGAAGGAAGACAAGUCCACUCUUAUUCAGUUAAGAUGGGAUUUGAGGAUCAAAUGUAUAUCAUAACCGCAUUGGUGGAUAUGUACGCGAAAAGUGGUAGUAUUAUAGAUGCUAGGAAAGGUUUUGAUUGUUUACAGGAACCAGAUGUUGUUUUGUGGACUUCAAUGAUAGGUGGGUAUAUACAACAUGGAGACAACGAGGAAGCAUUGAGUUUGUAUGGAAAGAUGGAAGAAGAGGGAAUUUUACCAAAUGACCUAACAAUUGCUAGUGUCUUAAAAGGCUGUUCAAGUCUUGCAGCUUUGGAGCAAGGAAAACAGGUUCAUGCUCGUGCCAUAAAGUACGGUCUUUCUCAAGAAAUGACUGUUGGGAGUUCACUUUCAUCCAUGUAUGCAAAGUGUGGAUGCAUUGUUGAAGGCAACAUAGCCUUUCGAAGGAUGAAAUCAAAGGAUAUAGUUUCAUGGAAUGCUAUGAUAUCUGGUCUUGCUCAGAACGGGUGCAGUGAAAAAGCAUUGGAGCUUUUCGAGGAGAUGAAAUCAGAAGGUGUAAAACCAGAUAACGUCACUUUUGUAAAUAUUCUGUCUGCAUGUAGUCAUAUGGGAUUGGUUGAAAGGGCUUGGGAGUAUUUCAACAUGAUUUCCAAUGAAUUUAACCUAGAACCUGGAUUAGAGCACUAUGCAUGUAUGGUUGAUGUGUAUAGCCGUGCAGGAAGACUAACAGAAGCAAAAGAAUUCAUUGAAUCAGCAACUUUGGAUCACGGGAUGUGUUUAUGGCGGAUUUUGUUAAGUGCGUGUAGAAAUCACGGUCAUUACGAGUUAGGAGCUUAUGCAGGGGAGAAACUAAUGGAGCUGGGUUCACAAGAAUCAUCAGCUUAUGUCUUAUUAUCGAGAAUUUAUACUGCUUUAGGAAGAUUAGAUGAUGUGGGACGGGUUAUGAGACUGAUGAAGCUAAGAAGGGUUGGAAAGGAACCCGGGUGUAGCUGGAUUGAACUGAAGAAUCUUGUUCAUGUGUUUGUUGUUGGAGAUCAGAAACAUCCUGAGAUAGCAGAUAUAUGUAGCUGGUUAAGAAUUUUAACUAAACAGAUGAUUGAUGAAGGUUACCGACCAGCUUAUGAUUCAUUUUUUACGACUUCAACGUGACUAUUGGAAGAUGGAGACGUCCAGUUGAAUUUUGGCCUUCGUUUCUGCGCCACCAUGUAUAUGGUCGGUGAUACCGGUGGUUGGGAUAUUAGUUCUAACCUCGAUUCAUGGGUGACGGGCAAGAGAUUCGUCGUUGGAGAUGUUCUUGCAUUUCAAUUCUCAUCAUCAUCAGUAUGUGAGGUAACAAAAC